AAAAUAAAGAUCAUUGAGCAAAGCUAAGCUAAGCUGGAGGAGAGAGAAGAGUAGUACUGUAUAUAUAUAUACUGGGUAGCAACUAGCAAGUGAUGCUGUCUUCCUGGUGAGUCGUCGCGCCUCGUCCUUAUCUCUUGGCCCAAUAUCUCAGGUCAAGGUCCGCGGGAAGCAGCGAGAUCCAUGACGAGGGGUUGCGUUGAUGCUGAACCGAGCUGCAGCGGCGGCCCAAGCGCCAGGAGCCGCCCGUCGGCAGCGGCGGAGGAGGCCGGAUCGGGAGAUCAUGGCGUGGACUAUUUGAAGAAGCACGCCUUCUACGGCGAUUUCACCGCCAGGCUUCGCAAGGGUCAUGGAUGGCGUAGCGGUAGCGCUGUCCUGUCUUUUCUGGCCGCCUUACAGAGGAUACCGCGCAGUUUCUUAAUGAUCUUUUACGAGGCUAUCUUGGUGAUUCUCUUAUCAAUACGUGGACUGUUUCUGAGCUUCGCGGCUUACCUAAUGCCUUGUGUCCAACCGCUUCAAUGGGUUUUUAAGCGCAAGCCUUGCUCCUCUUUGGAACCUGCCGUCACUACAGCGGCCGAGGUUAUUGGGAAGAAUGAAGAUACUCACAGAAAUGAAACUGCGUGUGGCUCCGGGGUUAUUCAUCCUUCUGAAAGUGAUAUCUCCUUGCAAAACCAUGCUGAUGCUCAGGUGCAAUUGUUUGUUCAAAAAGAUGGCACUUCUACACCAGUCCAAGUAAAUCGUGAAUCAACCAUAAAAUCGGCAGUAUAUACAGCUAUGUCCAAAAUCGACUGCAAGAUGGUGGACUUCUGUGUUAAAUGUGAUGACAGGUUGUUGGACUUGGGCAAAUCCCUUGCGGCUGAAAAUAUUGUUGGGGAUUCUACUAUUAACGUUUUCCGUCGGAUUUCUGGUGGCCACUGCAGUUUGCCCCUUUCCUGCAAAAAUAAAGAGACAGACACCUCUCAUGUUACAGUGUCAUUUGAAGAACGGAUCAACAAUUUGCGCGAAGAUGAAUUGUUUCAAGAACGCAAAGUGCCCGCAAUACUAAUUGGGAAUACAAGAAAAUCAAUGCCUGGGAGGAGCAAAAGAGGAUCAGAGCACGUGUUGGUGUUGCUUAAUCUGGGAAGGCACACAUUCAAGAAAUUGUUUGAAAUGAUAUCCUUAAAUCACGCCCAAGACAAGUGUCUCGGUGGCAAUUUUACGUAUCAUCAGAUCAAAUACAUGCUAAGGACAGACAAUUACAUCAUUGAUUUUGAGUAUCUCGAUAGUAAUUCUGUGAGCUUGACUCCGCUUGGAUAUAAGAAGGACAUUCAAGGUUUGGCUGAAGUACUUGAAAAGAUAUGCAAAUUGAAGUUCAUGUCUUUGGGAGCAGGUAUACUCCCGGCUUAUGUUGCUCAUUUGCUGCACAUUAUGAGGUGCAUGCCCGAGGGUGCAGAAUACUCUCGCACGUUCAAGGCAUUUCUGAGAAAUCAUCCUUGCAUGAUGUCACCCGGCAAUCGGCAAGGACAUGUCCUGGAAGUGAAUGGAUACAUAGUAAAGUUUCAGCCUCACGACUCUCAGAUUGGUGUGUAUCAUGCGCUAGGAGGUUAUAAAUGGCAUUCUCGUGCUGCGCGCGUCCAGGCCUUUGCACCAAUACUGAAUUUUAAGAGGAGCCGUUAUUAUGAUACCGGAAUGUCAUGGUUUAAUUUCUGGCGGAAUUUCCUGUCUCAUCCCAAAGAAAACGAGAGUCCGGAUUUUACCAUGGAGGAUGCAGAUUUAGCCCUAUAUUACCACUUCGGCGAGUAUUUGGCAGAACUUCUAUGCAACCUCGCGUGCAUGGAUCACUUCAAGAGCUGUCGUCAUGACCUCGCAGACGUUUUUGGUCGAGAUUCGUUUUGCCCGAAAUCUAACGAGGUGGCGGAGGAGCAGACUUUAGGAGCCAGCGCGGGCGGCCAGAAAGGAGGAGGCAUGGUGCAGCGUAGCCGUAGCACGCGCAUGCCGACCAGGCCCAGCGGCCCUGUUCAUCAUCCUCUCAGUUCGACAGUCAAGGGCAAGACAAGGAAAAGAAGAUGAGAGUCACCAGCUCUGCUCAUCCGAUCUUGUGAAAGAGUGUCUUCAACUGCUUGUUGUUAGAACCUUUCUCUAAUACCCCGUGUCACUGUGUCAGGACAUUUUGUUUUUUGGCGGCCUAGUUCCAUGUUUUGCACGAGAAAAUGUCGAGCAUGUUUGAGACAGUGAAAUCGAACCAUUACGCCAACGAUUCAUUGAUUGUUGCUGUAGAGACCGGGUAUAACUUGUAUCUUCUUGAUAUUCAUUCGUUACACUUUAUCGGAGUGACACAUUGGUACUUUAUG